GUUCAAGUGAUCGUGGUCCUUUUUUUCUUUGCGCAGCGUUCACCAAUAUGGUGCACAUGUUUGUGUUGCAGUUCCACUGACCUUGGUACUGAACCGCUUCAAGGAAUUCGUCUCAUUUGCUAUGUUGAGUAUCAGCUCCGUUAUCAAUAUUUGGAAGCCGCAGGCAUAACAGUCACCACGACAGGCGCAAUAGUGGUGGUACACGGAUUGCACAACGACACAACCUGACCUGUGCGCGGUAAUCUCCAAAGUCUUACUGCGGAGCAAAUGCUCAGUAUACAUUCAGCCGCCAACGGAAUCAUCGGUAGCAAGCAGCGGAACAGUAACCAUAGAACCAUGAACUCUCUUGGCAGUUGCACGUUGGUGCUGCUGUUGCUACUAGCAACCGCAUACGGUGCGUUCGACCAGUCAGCUUUUACCAAUGGCCCAAAGUGUUCGAAUGAAAACGUAUCUGGAAUGUGUCUUCCACAAGCGUGUUGUCCGGAUGCCAACAAUUCCAUAAUUUCCUCUGGCGAGUAUCGGGAAGGCAAUAUUUGUUGUUACCUUGCGGCACCUUUUAAACCGUGUAUGGAAGGAAAAGGUUUGUGCCUUCCGGUUGGCUGUUAUCCGAACGAGAUGGAUAUGAUCGAAGUGAAGGAGCGUUACAACGAGUGCGCCACGUCUGAAACUUGUGAAAUCGUGAAGCCAACGUGCACUAUGCAGAAUUCGACACCGACAACGUGUGGCCUACGGGGGAACAUCCGCGAGAGCACGGACAUUCGUGCGAACCGUUGGGAGUUUCCCUGGAGUGUGGCCAUAUUCCGGGUCACCACGAUGUUCGGUAGGCCAUUUAACGUAUUUCUUUGCGGUGGAACACUUCUCGAGGAUCGUAAAAUCGUGACCAUCGCUGAAUGCGUCGAUCAAGAGCGAACCGGCCAGUUACGGGUACACCUUGGUCGGUGGGAUAUGGGCGCUAGGAGUGAAGAGUGUAGCCAGAUACUGCGCAUAACAAAGAUAGUCAUCCACAAGAACUACAAUGCAAUAUCCCGGAAGAACAACAUUGCGCUGCUGCUGCUGAAUAGCGACAUUAUUCAGUGGUACUCAUCGGUGAAUCCCAUAUGCCUGCCAACAACGGCCAUGAGCGGUCAAUCCGAUCCUUGCUACAUCGUCGGAUGGGACACGAUGCCUACACUAUCGGUCAACUAUUUGCUCAAGUUCAAAGUAAAGACGAGCAAAUCCUUACAAGACUGCCAGAAAUCUGUACAAACGAACUAUCCAUCGUUGGCGUACGAGCUGUCCCCGGAGCACGGCUGUGCGUCAGUCGUGAAACCAAUGGACAAACACUAUCCCUGUGAGCGUGUGACCGGUUCGGGGUUAGUUUGCAAAUCCAGCGCUACGGCCCAGUACUACCUGCGUGGCGUGGCCUUGUCCGCAUUGCGCAACUGUUCACUCUCCAGCAUCAAUGAUCUGUUCGUGGAUGUCAACAAGUACACCGGUUGGAUACGUAAUACGCCAGAAGGUUAAUAAAUCGA